AUGGAUUACAACACUAUGCUCGAGAAGCUGCUGGACGGCGGUUAUCUGCCUACGCCUGUCAUUCGCGCUGGUAUUCGCCAGCAACUGCGCCAGCGAUUGACUUCUAUCGCGUCGACGUCAAAUGCUUCUGCUUAUGAUACCAAGAUGAAGUAUGUCGAGCUGCUGCGCGAGAGACCAAUUGCGAUUGAGACCGCAAAAGCAAACACACAGCACUAUGAAGUCGGCACUGGUGUGCUCAACAACAUGCUUGGUCCGAACAUGAAGUACUCGUGUUGUCUUUACGAGGGUCUCAAGCCCGGACAGGGUCUUGGUGAGGCAGAGCUUCUGAUGAUGGAAGACUAUGUGAAGAAGGCCGAUUUGAAAGAUGGCAUGACUAUGUUCGACCUUGGAUGUGGAUGGGGAUCACUCAGUCUGUUUCUUGCACAAAGGUUCCCCAACUCGAAGAUUACUGGUUUCUCAAACUCGCGCACGCAAAAGGAGCACAUUGACUCACAGGCCAGCAAACGAGGCUUGAGCAACCUGACGAUUGUCACUGGAGAUAUUGCUACAUAUGAGUUCCAAGCACCGCUGACUGGGUCGUUCGAUCGUGUAUUGUCGAUAGAGCUGUUUGAGCACAUGAAGAAUUAUCAACUUCUGCUCGGCAAGGUAUCGAGUCUGCUCAAGUCAGGCGGCAAGCUAUUCGUACACAACUUUGCACACAAGGACAGCCCCUAUGACUUUGAGGACGGAUGGAUGACGGAGCACUUCUUCACGGGUGGCACAAUGCCUAGCGCAGACUUGCUGCUCUGGUUCCAGGAUGAUUUGAGAUGCCAGCGCAUGUGGUGGGUCAAUGGCAAGAACUACGCGCAGACGUGCGAGGACUGGCUGUCAACCAUGAACAAGAACAGGCAAGCGCUCUGGCCGCACUUGGAGGAGACGUAUGGAAAGGAAAAGGCUCUGACGUGGUUCCACCGAUGGCAAAUAUUCUAUCUUGCUUGCGCGGAGCUGUUUGCGUACAAUGGUGGAGAAGAGUGGGGCGUGUGCCAUUACUUGUUUGAGAAGCCAUAG